AUGAUUUAAAAUUAGAAAAAGAUAAAUAUAGACCCUGCAGAAGCAGCAACAACUUUAGUAGAAACCCCUCAUACAACAUAAGAAACAAAUCAUGCCCUUCAUGGUGGUAUAGCAGGUCUAAUUGUUAGCACUAUUCUUCAUCCUUUAGAAGUUAUCAAGAUAGGAAUAAUCAUUAAUCCUAUGCAUUCUGAGGCUAUUUAAAAAGCUAACUUUGCAGAAUCUUUUAUAACUGUUGGCAAAUAUAUUUACAACACUGAAGGCCUCAAGGGCUAUUUUCGUGGUCUGACACCAGAAUUAGUUCGUUCUUGUGCAGGUACAUCAAUGUACUUCUCUAUUUUGCAUUAGCUUGAAAAAAUUUUCCAUCAGAAUGGCUCAAAAAAAGAUGAUUAAUUUUCUUAAUUCACAGCUUCAGCUUGUGCAAGAAUGGCAAGUGCUUAUUUAACAAAUCCUCUUGGUGUGGUAGCAUCACGUAGCUAAGUCAUAGGAUUUAAUGUGUAUAAAAAUAUGUUUGAUGGUAUUAGAAAAAUAAUAAAAUAUGAAGGUGUUUCUUCUUUUAUGAAAGGUUCAUUAGCAAGUGCCUUAAAAGAAGGUCCUUUUGCUGGUACUUAUUACGUAAUUUAUAAACUUCUGAAAAGCUCUUUUACUCAUGUUGAAAGCAAUUCUCAUUAUUUGAUUUCAUCUCUAUUCAGUGGCAUGACAGCAGGUUUAAUUGCCACUACAGUCUCCCAUCCUUUUGAAAUUAUAAGAGCAAGACUUUAAAUUAUAAGUAAAUUUGAUAAAAAUCCUGACUAAACAUACAAUGGUAUUUUCGAUGCAUUUAAGAAGAUAUAUGAACAUGAAGGAGUUAAUGGAUAUUUUAGAGGGCUAGCUCCUCGUCUAGUAAGAAAACCUCUUGCUAAUGCAAUGACUUUUACUCUCUUUGAGCUUUUCCACAUGAAUAGCUCCAAGAGAUGGUGA